ACUCAUCAUGUCUAAAUUCUGUUUAGAAUUGGCUUUGUGAUGAAAUGGACUACAAAACAUGACAUUGAAUUGUGCAAAGAGGUAGUGGUGUCACAAAUCUUUGAGACAAGGAAGAAAUCUAUCGAAAGAGGAAAGUUGUGGGACAGCAUUGCCAGAAAGUUGGAAUUUCAUGACCAUCUAUGCUUUCGAGUAGAUCAGCGAUCAGUUAGAGAUCGCAUGCGAAAAUUGAUAGCCAACUACCGUAAAAAGGAGAGAGAAGAAAGAGCUGCAAGUGGAAUUUCUCCAGAACAUGAUGAGUUGGAUGACUUGCUAGAGGAAAUUAAUGCUAGAGAGGAGGCAAAUGAUGUUGUGGCUGCUGAAGCUAAUGCUGCUGAAGCUAAUGCUGCUGAAAGGAAGAAAACUGCUGCUGAUAAAAUAGCUGCAGAAGAAAUGCGAAAAAGAGCCAUGGAGCAUCUAGCAGAAACCAAGGAGAGAAAAGAAAAUGAUGAGGGUCCGGUUAAGAAAAAAGUAAGAAGAGGGGGGGACUCAACCUUAGAUUUCCUAAAGGAGAAGGCUGAGAAAGAGAGAAAAAUAAAAGAGGACAGUUUGCUUUUGGAAAGAGAAAGACUGGAAUUGCAGAGGCAACAAAUAGCAGCAGAAAAAGAAAGCAAGGAGCAACUUAUGGAAAAGCAAAACAAGCAAUUUGAGAGUUUUAUGGAAAUGCAAAGACAGCAGAACCAACAAAUGCAACAAAAUCAAUUGCUUUUGGUACAACAACAACAACAACAAGGGCAAGCUCUGAUUUCCUUUUUGGCUAAAUUGGUUGAGAAAUGAGAUAACAAUGUCUCUAACUUGUACACAAUAUGUUUUCUUUAAACAGUUAUUUAUUUAUUGUUGAUAGGCUUUAUAAUCACAUGAUGAAGCUUUUGAAAUUUAUUUUAAAUAACAGCUUUUAAAAAAUUAGGAAAAGUACAUUUGAAGUGAAGGUGGUUCAAGUUGAAAAAAUUUACUGGUUGUAUUUGAGUGCAAGCAGGUCAGAGCAUUUCUAAGCAACGAAGCCACUAUAUACAUUUUUCCAACACAACUAAGGCUGAUUUUUAGAUCUUUUUUAAAAUCAAGAAACUUAAAAUAGGUUAUUAUGUCCCCAAAAAUCCACUCAACUGAUAUCCUUACAGCAUUCAUUGAUUUGUUAAAUUCUUGCAUGUGGACUGUAAGUUGCCUGUUCCUAUAUGGUGCCUGUAGGUGAAUACGUAAUAGGUAGGCUGGAUCACCAUACAAGCACAUGGGUUUAUCAUUGUAAAAGGCAUAUAUAUGUAGAUCCUGCAGUAGCCCU